AUGACGACAGCAUUGGCUGCGCAACUCGCGCAGAUCGCUGCAAAUUCGAAGUCGACACUUGAUAUCAAGGCGCAAAAAGCUGCACAUUCGAAGUCGUUGAUAUUCGAGCCGCGAGUUGCCGCAUCACAAAAUUUCCAAACAUUAUAUAGUAUCUGCUACCAAGGAUAUGAAGAGCUAUGUCAACUAGACUCACGAUUUGUGCCCUUUGGCACUACUAUAUUCAGCGAGCAAAGCCAAAAUGAGGACCGGACUCAGAUGACUGCUGCCGAGAACGCAGAGCUUGACAAGAAGAUAGACUCAUUCCUUCACUUAGCUGGCGCGCGAAUAAGGCUCAUGCCAACUAUCAAGGCCGUAGAAUGGCUUAUUAGGAGGUUCAGGAUUCACGAAUAUAACACGGCCAUGCUCAUUUCGACAUUUCUACCGUACCAUACUAUCCCAGCCUUUGUAACUCUCCUAUCUAUCCUCCCUAGUACGAUACCGCAAGUGUACAAGUUCUUAGAUCCCUACGUUCGAUCUUUGACCCAGCCGCCGAGAUCUGUUCUCGUUCAUCAGGCUACACACCAUCCCGACUUCCUUACUGCGCUUUCGACAUACACCUUAGAUGCAUGCAGGGCUCAACAACACUAUCCUGCUCUAAUAUCAUUCUGGGGUGGUAUUAUGACCGAAGCAGUGAAUGGAAUGCUAGACAGAAUGCGAUCCGGUCGCCGCAGUAUCCAACGAAGCAACGAUCAGACUCUCUUACACCAGAUUGGUCCAACUCUUGGCGACGCGUUAGUAAUGCACAAGGUCCCUAGUCUGCAAAUAGCUUGCUAUAUGGUGAUCUCCGUUUUUGUGGCAAAGGGUGACCUCGACGAUGCUGCUAUCAGUGCCUUAAUGGACCAGCUCGUUGCUGGAUGGACUACCGAGUCCCUCCGUCCUGGUCUUGUCUGUCUCUCAAUCCUUGCCCAGUACCGUUCUGCAAAGCAAAUGUCAGGAAAAGUAACAAGAGCAUUACUUAAAAUCACAAACCUGUCUAGCCUCCUUACUGAGAUUGGCAGAGAACACAGCAUUGGGAAAUUAGCAAAUGGACUCUGUCUAGCUUUGGUUGAGAGGGCUCACAAGAAAGGUGACAUAAAGGGUCUAUCAGUAGUCGAGUCACUGCUCUUGAGCUCCACUCUUAACGACCAACAGAGAGCAGUCGUUUUCAAGAGUUUAUUAUUAGCAGCCCAUAAAGUCGAGGACGGCGUUGAUACGCAAGGAGAGGUGCGAAAGGCUCUCGCAUCUAUAAUCAUCAAACUUUCUCAAUUAGAGACGGACUCCGGGAAGAUCUUCAUUAAAGCGAUCAAUGAGACGGAAAUCGACGUGGAUGCGCUAGAAUUGAGGCUUGGUACCAAUCUCCAAGCGAGACGACUUGCGAUCGAGCCUCAACAAGAUGUUGCAAUGUCGGAUAAUGAAAUAUCAACACCCGCGCCCAUCGAAGACUUCAAAUCUGCCCUUCAGCGAGUGGGCAACUUAUCUGUCUCAUCAUCGGAUUCGUGUCUACGAGAUAAUACUUUUAAUGUUUUUACUGAUUUAUGUUCUGUUUUCCUUUCCGGUCUUACAGAGCCAAAUAACCUCAAAGCUUUCGAGGAAUUGGCACCUAUACAGCAUAAAUUAGCAAACGAAACUCCCUUUUUCUUCACAUUCCUUAUGCGAAUCUGGUGCGGGCCAUAUCCCGUCUUAGCUCGUGUCGCAGCUUUAGAUAUGGCAAAACUACGCCUAAAGAGCAGCGAUUGCAAUAGCAUAGAUUUCCAGGCUCUCCUGCCAUAUACCCUGGCGGGAUUAAAUGACCCGUCGAAAAGGGUGCGACGCGCUGCCGCAGAUCUAGUUACCGUGCUAGAGAUUUUAUUCCAGGAGCUAGUUAAAUAUGAGAACUACACAAGCUGGGCUAACAAUCAUCUGUAUGAUAAUGCUGACGCGUCGGUUUGGACGACAGUAGACAUUUGUCACAAACUACUACGGAAUGCCAUUACUCCUAGCCUUGAGGAAUGCGUAUUAAGUGCUGAUUACAUUAUCGAGGUUCUACAGAGCGUAUUGAAUAGUAGCUCGAAAACUUCGACUGAUGAAAAUAAGGAUAAGAAGAGCCAUCUUUCUCAUGGAACGCGACGUUCUGUGCUAACUUUCCUCGCUUCCCACACGAUUCACACGCCACUAAUGACUCUCAAGAUCCGCCUUCUCGCGUCUCUAAACCAAGUUAAGGGCGUAUCGGGUACUACCCGUACCCAAUUACUUCUACCACUCCUCAAAUGGUGGUCUUCCUUGUCUUCCGAAGAUGCUACACGUAUCUGCUCUCAGGACGGUGUCGGAGAGUCAGCUUUUGAUCAAAGCUGUGUCGAAAUUGUGCUUCCAAACGAUAAAGAUGGCUUAGAAUUCUUGUUAGAUGUUGUGGGGUCUCAGCAACUACUAACUAGACUAAACCUCCUCCACGUUAUUUUCUCGCGCAUCCAGAAUUCAUGGUCCUCUAUGAAAACGGAAGCGAGGCAUAUGGUUGCCAAGCGUAUGCUUGAAUUAUCACAAAACGAUUCGUCUAGUGAUAGUGUAGUCUCCAGUGAAGCUGCCAAUCUUCUAAGGAAUGUCGAUCUCACGACCGAUAUCCUCCUGUUCUUCCUAGAGUCUUUGCAGCCAGCAGCAAAGAUGGCUACUGAGCCCCCAUCGGGCAAGCGGAGGAGAACCAGUUCCUCGGAAACCCACCGGGGACUGGGUACGCAACCAACCCCAGAGUUGAGCGCGGUGCUCAGGCAAGUGACCUUUGUGUUACAGCUUGUCGAGGGGUCUGAGCCUGAAAAGCACCCAGAACUACUCAAUGCUCUUUUCAACGCCCUGUCGGAACUGCAACAUUUCAGAGUACUUGUCGGUUCAGAACUUGGGUAUCUUCAGAAUCUAAUUCUUCGGAGUUUAUUGGCCAUGGUCCCUGCGUACAAGAACGACAAGUCGUUGAAGAUCGAUAGCACGGGUGGACACGGUGAUUUACUUGUCAAUUGCAUUCAGAAAUCAUCGAGCCCAUCAGUGCAAAAUACUGCACUCCUACUUGUCGCACGCUUAGCAAAUGUCGCUCCAGACUUGGUACUUAAUAGUGUGAUGCCGAUCUUCACACAUAUGGGAGGCUCGGUACUCCGCCAGAGCGAUGAUUACUCUGCUCAUGUGAUCAACCAGACAGUCAAGGAGGUUGUGCCACCACUUAUCCAAUCACUCCGUAAAGGAAAGAUCAGUCCGCUGGCAGGUGCCUCUGAGCUUCUACUCAGUUUUGCGACCGCAUAUGAACAUAUACCAUCUCAUCGAAGACUUGGACUAUUCGUAUCCCUUGUAGAGACUCUCGGCGCUGAAGAAUUCCUAUUUGCGCUCUUGGCUAUGCUUACGAACAUGUAUGGUACUACCGACCAGGUGUUAUCAUUUGCUACAGAAGUCUUCAACUACUUCCCAGUCGAAGUCCAGCUCCAAUCUUUGAUAAAACUACUCAACCUUAUUGGGGACAUAUUCCAGCCGAGACCUAAUCUCUCUGCCGUCCUUCUUGGUACGAGUGAACAAGGCGACCGAGAUCCCCUCAAAAUUGGGUUUCGCCAGCUUGGUCUUGUUCCACAUCUUUUAUCUAGCAGGAAGCUUACCACGCAAAUCGCUAAGCUUACUGAACGGGAUGAUAUGGAGGCUUCUAAAGUCCGCGAGCUCUAUUCGACUCUACUGGAAGACCUUUUAGUUUUGGCGGACUCAUUAAAGCAGCAGAAGAACCUAUAUAGCCGCUGCGGCGAGGCACUUUCGAAGCUUCUAAACCUCCUUUCUAUUGGAGAAUUUAUCAAAGCCGUUGAAACACUUCUGGAUCGGCCCGAUACUGUUUUACGCCGGAAAGUCCUCCGGGCUGUCGAGGUUCGAAUUGACGAGGAGAGCCAAGGGGAUGCUAACUCUCGGGCGGCUUUGCUCGCAUUCCUACCUCACCUAACAGCCAUCAUUAGAGUAUCUGAUGAUAUGGCUUACAAGCACAUAGCGGUAGGCUGUGUAGACAAGAUCUCAGAGAAGUACGGAAAGAAGGAUCCAGAAGCUGUUACCGCAGCUGCCUCGACAAUUGCCAGCGACCAAUGUUUAGGUCAAGAUGAUGACAAACUCCGUGUCAUGGCUUUACUCUGCCUGGCUUCUCUAGUCGAUGUUCUUCAGGAUGGUAUUGUACCCGUCUUACCAUCCGCCAUCCCGAAAGCUCUCUCGUAUAUAACAGAAAGCAUCAAAACCGAAGUACCCGGAGACGCACUUCACAAUGCUAGCUACGCAUUCAUAGCAGCAUUGGCACAACAUCUCCCCUAUAUGCUCUCUGGUGCUUACCUAGGGCAACUUUUGGCAGUUUCUAGCAAAUCUGCCAGUGCUAACCUAGGUAAUGAAGCCAAUGAUGCUAGGCUUCAAUGUUUGCGAUUACUUGCUACACAGGUUGACGCUAAGAUACUUUUUUCCGCCCUAGAACAAAAUUGGGUCACCACGAAGGAUUCUGGUUCCGCUGCUACACGAGAAUAUAUUAACAUUCUCGGAGUUGCAAUUGACAAGCAUUCAAAGGCAGAUAUCUCCAAGAAUGCCGGUUCCCUUUCAAGUAUAUUCUUCAGUGCCUUCGACCUACGUAGAUUAGAACUAUCCAAGACCGAGGUUAGCGAGGAUUUCUUGCGGCAAAUGCCUCGCAUCGAAGAAGCCACCAACGAUGUUGCGCUGAAGAUGAUAUACAAACUUAACGAUGCAGCCUUCCGGCCUAUCUUCUCACAGCUAAUGGACUGGUCUAUUUCACUACCAAAGAAGGAUACUACAGGCAGAAGCCUCCGUCUGUUGAGUGUCUAUGGGUUCCUCUUAUCCUUCUUCGGCAGCCUGAAAUCUAUUGUUACCAGCUACGCAUCCUAUAUCAUUGACAGCGCCGUCGAUGUUCUCCGCACCGCAAGCCUGAAGAAAGCAGAGGAACGUGAUUUAUGGAAGAGAGUGCUACACACCCUCGCCAAAUCUUUCCAGCAUGAUCAGGAUGACUUUUGGCAAGCCCCAGCACACUUUAACGCAAUAGCGCCUUCUCUAGUCACUCAGUUCGCCCAUGCUUCUUCUAUCAACUUAGUAGAGGACCUUAUCCCGGCCAUUGUCGAACUUGCUGCCGCUGCCGAUUCCCAAGAACAUCAAAAGGAGCUGAAUAGUGCUCUACUAAAACACUUACGCUCAGAGCAGACGUCGAUUCGUCUUGCAGCUGUCAAAUGUGAACAGGCUCUCACAAAUAGGUUGGGCGAGGAGUGGCUAUCUAUGUUACCGGAGAUGCUCCCUUACAUUAGUGAACUGCAAGAUGAUGACGACGAUGAUGUGGAGCGUGAGACACAUCGCUGGAUCGUGGGCAUCGAAGGGGUUCUAGGAGAGAGUUUAGAUGCUAUGUUACAGUAA